GGGUGGGAGGCGGCCACGGCGUCCGGAUGGAGAGACGGUGCCAAGGCUGAGGAGGGUGGUCCUGGGCGGGUGUCCAGGUUAGCCCACACAAGCUAAAGCUUAGAAGACGAGGGUCGCCGACUCACGCCCUCUCUUGCCAAGGCCUGAGGGCAGGGGUCCCCCCAAGAAGCCAAGGACAGGGGUUCUGGUACAACCCCCUAAGCAAGGUUUUGGGGAUGGAGUCCCAGAUGCAGCCCACCUAUCGAGUCAAAGCCUCGCGAAGGAGAUUCCAGACACCUUCCCUACCCCGUCCCCGCCCAAGGGGAAUGUCUGAGCUAGGCAGGGUCUUGAGGAUGGGGUCCCUGGCACAGCUUCCCCACCAAGCCAAGGCCUGGGGCGAUUCCAGGCAGAGUUCCGCCCCCAGGCCUCAGGGAUGUCCAGGGCACAACAUCCCCCCAACGCUUGGGCGGUGUCUCAGGCACAGCCACCUCUUAAAACAAGGCUUCUCCCCCCUUGCUUGGCACCCACCCAGGCCUGAGUAAGGGAAACGUCAGCCACAGCUACCCCCAAGGCUUGGUCAAGGGUCGCAGGGCACAGGUUCCCUGGGCCACCCCCUUUGUCCCUGGGGGUGCUCAGCUGUCCUGUAGCGGCCCCGCCUGCAGACAAUGGGUAGCCUCCUCCUCUUGGCCCUGGCCCCCCAGGUUCCAGAAUCCAGGCUGGGCUGGGGGCGGCUCCCCUGGGACCCUGUGCAACCUCAUCCGUCUGCUCUGCGCUUGCGGUGACGAUGGCUUUGUGUGUGGUACCUGGGGGUGGGGGGCUGGCAUGGGAUGGGGAGGUGGCUGGGAGUGUGACCCCAUGUUUGUGUGACCAUGGCUGUGUGUGUGUGCUGCAGCUGGUGACUGUGAGGAAUCCUGUGUUGUGUGUCUGUGUGGGCAUGUGUGUGGUUGUGUGUUGUUGUAUCUGUUAUUGGGUCUUUAUAUGAGCCUAGAAUUUGAGUCUGUUUGUGUGUCUGUAUGACAGCUGCUCAGUGUGUGGGACCCUGUGGUUUUUUAGUCUGUGUUUGCAUGCAUGGCUGUGACUGUGUGGUUGUGUCUGUGAUGUUGUCUUUUGUGGCCUUGUGUUUGUGUCUGGGUAAUGAGAACCGGGUAUGUGACAGUGUACGUGAGUCUGGGGUUGGCAUGUGGCUGACUAAAGAUGUGAGUAGAGUUGUGUCUAUGACUCUGUGUCCAUGUUGACUUUCCCAUCGACUGUGAAUGUUCGUGGUUGUGUUUACAACAGACUUUAUAUGUGUGUCACACACUCGUGUCUGUCUGUCAUGUAACUGUGUAACUCAGUGUACACCUGCCAUUGUGUAUGAAGUCACAUUGUGCUAUGUGAUUGGGGCUGUGUGAUGGCCAUGUGGCUGUAUGUAUAUAUGACACUGGUUGUGUGUCCACAGCCAUGUCUCUUCAUGUGACUGGGGUUGGAUAAAUAACUCUUCAUCCAUCUGUGAGUGUGUGAUACUGAGUGAUAUGUGUGCUUUUGGUCAUGUAUCUGGCUUAGUAUCUGAAACCCUGGCUGACAUCUAUGUAGGGUAUUUGUGUGUGACUAAGGCUACAUAUGUGUCAGCGUGGUCUUUGUGUGGCGGCACAAGCUAACUGUCGGGUAUGAAUGUGACAGUGGUUUUUCUAUGCCUGUCUGUGACCCUGGGUGGCUGUGUGUGCGUGUGUCUGUGGCUGUUUCUGUCAUAUGUAUUUAUGUGUGGGUAUUAGACUACCUGUGUUUGAAUCUGUGUGAUUUGGUGACAGGGUGACAGGACCCUGACUGUGUGCGUGGCUCUGUCAGGGGCUGCGUCUCUUGUGUAAACCGAGCAGCCAUCGUGCAUACCUGGGUCUCUGUGUUUCUGUGCACACACCUGACUAUACUUGUGUGAAACUCAAACUGUGUGCCUAAGCCUCUAGGUGGGAGAUACUAUGUAUGGCUGCCAAGUGUGAUUUUGUGUGCUGGGCCCAUGAGGCUGUGAUUAUUUGUGGCUCCGUAUUUCUCUGUGUGAGCUGUGUGCCUGCAUGAAGAGGAGCGUGUGUUUCUCUGCGAUGAUGUGACAUUGGACAUUGUAUGGCUGUGUGUGGGACAUCGUGUGGUCGUAGUACAGCUGUGAUCUGUGUCUGGGGAGUGUGGACACUGACACUAUGCGACGCUACAUGUACAGGACCAUUUCUGAAAAUGGAGCUGUUACUGUGCAUGCCGUGACUGAACCGCCGGCCGGGCGUGAGUGUGGCCCUGUUUCUCUGUGAUGUGUAGGGUUACAGCCAUGGGUAUCUCCGUGUGCGAUCGUGUAUGGUAACUGUCCAUGUAGGUGUGACUGACGUGAUCCAAUGUGUGCAUCCGUGACUGGGUAUGUGGGACUAAAAAAGUGUGUUGCUGCGACUGACAUGGUUGGGGUUGAGUGUCCAUAUGCAGUUGUUUGCUUGUGGGUGACCACACACAUGUGCCUGUGUCUGGUUGUGUGUGACUGAAUAUGUGUCGUUAUGUUUGAGCAUGUCCUUGGCCAGGUGUAAACAUACACCUCCUGUGGAAACAUGACAAAUGUGUAUCGCUGUGGUUGUGUCUGGGUGGGACCAGGUGUUUAUGGCUGACCAAAUGGGUGAACUCUGAUUGGAUGUGAUUAAUUCCGGCUGGGUCUGUGACGUAUCGUUGGGUGCCUGAGGAAACAUAACUGUCAUUGGGUGUGGUUGUACUUUUGCGGCUCUGGCGGGUGUGCCUGGGCUCUGCUCUUUGUACAUGGCUGUGAAAAUGCAAGUGACCAAAUUGAAGUAGCUGAUGUGACCGGUGUUUGUGGUGGUGCCUGGGUGGGCUGUGACUUUUCAUACAUGUUUGGACAAUGUCUGUAGCGGAGACUGUGUGUGUCUGGGAAUGUAGUAUGGGACCAGAUGUUUGUAGUGGUAACUCUGUGGCUGGGAUUGUUUAUGUAUAUGUGUGUGAUCGCAUGUGUGUAGCUGUGGUUGUGUUUGUGUGUAGCUAAAUGUGCCUAGCUGUGCCUGGGACUAGGGAUGACUGGAGAUAUGAGUUGGCUGCGCAAGUGUGACUGUGUGUGUGUGUGUGUGUGUGUGUGCAGCCCUGGACAUGUGUUUAGAGGGCAAGGUCACUGCUUCCUCACACUAUCCCCUUGGGCAGUGAGGGCUCCCGAGGCCAGGGCAUCCCCAACAAAUGCUCCCCCAAAUACACCUACUCCUUCCUGGGCCCUUGGAACCAGGUGGCUGAUCUCCCUGGUUACAGUUGCCAUGGCAGCCAGGGCCUUCAUCAGGGAGCCUGAGAUGGAUGGGGUUGGCUGCUGUCCAAAGGUGGGGUGGAGAAGGGGACUGAGCCCCACCCCAAGCAAGCGUCUCACCUUCUUCCUCCCUUGGGCAGGGCGGACCCAGAAGGGCUGAGCAGCAUCUGCCCCCAGCCCCUUGCGGGGCCCCGGGGCCCCCUGCAACCUCCAGGACGGAGCCAGUGCCUUGACUUCUGAUCCUUUGGAUCCUCAUGCCUUUCUGUCAUAUCCCCCAGCCUCCAAACACCUCAAACCUGUGACCCAUGACCCCCAUCCCAGACCUCUGUGCUUCUUACUCCUGUGUCUUCUGAUGCCCAUUGCUUCUGUGCUCACCCUCCCUGCCUUCUAGUGUCUCCUUUCCCCAUGUCUUUUGAACUCUGUGUCCCUGACCGUGAGCUGCAAACCUAUGCCCUCUGAAAGCUAUGUCCUCUCACCCAGUGGCCCUCUAACACUGUGACCCAAUUCACACGUUCUCUGACUCUCUGCUUCCUGAGCACUACGUCCCUGUCCCUUGAACCCCACGCCCCUGACCCACGGCCCUGACCUGUGUCACCAGACGGUGCGGGCACCAUGAACAAGUUACGCCAGAGCCUGAGGCGGAGGAAGCCAGCUUACGUGCCCGAGGCCUCACGCCCGCACCAAUGGCAGGCGGAUGAGGAUGCGGUACGCAAGGGCACGUGCAGCUUUCCAGUCAGGUACCUGGGCCACGUGGAGGUGGAGGAGUCCCGGGGGAUGCAUGUGUGUGAAGAUGCUGUGAAGAAGCUGAAGGCGGUAAGUGACGGCCUGGAGCCAGGGAGGGGCAAGCUCAGGCCAGCCAAGGCAGCCCUGACCAGGCCUCUUUGUCCCCCACCAUCCCAGAUGGGCCGGAAAUCCGUGAAGUCUGUCCUGUGGGUGUCAGCCGAUGGGCUCCGAGUGGUGGAUGACAAGACCAAGGACCUGCUGGUAGACCAGACCAUUGAAAAGGUCUCCUUUUGUGCUCCUGACCGCAACCUGGACAAAGCUUUCUCCUAUAUCUGCCGUGAUGGGACCACCCGACGCUGGAUCUGCCACUGUUUCCUGGCGCUCAAGGACUCCGGCGAGAGGCUGAGCCACGCUGUGGGCUGCGCUUUUGCCGCCUGCCUAGAACGGAAACAGAGGAGGGAGAAGGAAUGUGGGGUGACAGCCGCCUUCGACGCCAGCCGCACCAGCUUCUCCCGCGAGGGCUCCUUCCGCCUGUCUGGAGGCGGGCGGCCCGCGGAGAGAGAGGCCUCAGAUAAAAAGAAAGGAAGAUCACUUUUUAUCACUUACUGGAAUAUUAGUUUACAAGCAGAGGCAGCCGCCGCCCCGGCGGCGGCUCCGGGCCCUGCCCAGCCUGGACACGUAUCCCCAACGCCAGCCACCACGUCCCCUGGCGAGAAGGGUGAAGCAGGCACCCCAGUGGCUGCGGGCACCACCGCAGCCGCCAUUCCUCGGCGCCAUGCCCCUCUAGAACAGCUGGUUCGCCAGGGCUCCUUCCGUGGCUUUCCUGCGCUCAGCCAGAAGAACUCGCCUUUCAAACGGCAGCUGAGCCUGCGGCUGAAUGAGCUGCCUUCCACACUGCAGCGCCGCACUGACUUCCAGGUGAAAGGCACAGUGCCUGAGAUGGAGCCUCCAGGUGCCAGUGACAGUGACGGCAUCAAUGCUCUGUGCACACAGAUCAGCUCCUCUUUUGCCAGUGCUGGGGCCCCAGCACCAGGCCCACCGCCAGCUACAGCAGGGACUUCUGCCUGGGGCGAGCCCUCCGUGCCCCCCGCAGCUGCCUUCCAGCCUGGGCACAAGCGGACACCUUCAGAGGCGGAGCGGUGGCUGGAGGAAGUGUCCCAGGUGGCCAAGGCCCAGCAGCAGCAGCAACAGCAGCAGCAGCAGCAGCAGCAGCAAGGGGUCCCGGUGCCCCCUGUGCCCACCUUAUUACCCACCCUCCAGCCUUUCCCCGCCCCCAUGGGGCCCUUCGACGCAGCACCUGCCCAGGUGGCCGUGUUCCUGCCACCCCCACAUAUGCAGCCCCCCUUCGUGCCCGCCUAUCCGGGCCUGGGCUACCCGCCCCUGCCCCGGGUGCCCGUGGUGGGUAUCACACCCUCGCAGAUGGUGGCCAAUGCCUUCUGCUCAGCCGCUCAGCUCCAGCCCCAGCCUGCCACCCUGCUUGGGAAAACUGGGGCCUUCCCACCCCCUGCUGUGCCCAGUGCCACUGGGGGUCAGGCCCACCCACGCCCCAACGGGGCCCCCUGGCCACCAGAGCCAGAACCUGCCUCGGCCCCUGAGCUGGACCCCUUCGAGGCCCAGUGGGCAGCGUUAGAAGGCAAGUCCGCCACAGAGAAGCCUUCCAACCCCUUCUCUGGCGACCUGCAGAAGACCUUCGAGAUUGAACUGUAGCCCAAGCUGCCCCUGCUACCCCAUCAUCUCCGGGUGCCCCACGCCUGGGAGUGGAGGCAUGACCCCUCCCCUAGUCCUGCUCCCGCUCCCUGGGGCUGCAUCCCUCAACACCCUCUCUAACCACUUCUCUCUACCACCCCACAAUCACUAUGGAACCAACACUGGGACGCCCAGGUUGCGACAGGAUGGAAUUCAGGGACGGACCCAGCCUGGCUAAGGGACUCAUUUCACUGCCAGAUGUAACUUGGCAACGCCCCUUUCCCCCCGCCCUGGACACAGGGAUGGCCACAGCCCUCGGUUCAAGCUACAUUUUUCAGUUUCUGUUCUUAACCUUCCACCCUCCAGUGUUGGGUGGGAUGGAGGAGGGAUACUGCUUAGGGGUGCCCCUGGGUCCCACGGGAGUGUCCCCCCCAAGCGUGGUCAUCUCCCCCCAUACACAGCACAAGCAAAGGGCUCCCCUCUGCCCACCUGCUGCGUUCACUGCCAAUGCUGUGCCCACCCUCUUGCCCCCCAUCCACAUCUUUCUUGGGUCAAGGUCUCAUAGGGGGCAGGGGCCAAGUUGGGGGCCCAGGAAGUGGGGUGGAGGAAGAGGAAGAAAAGCUCAGUUACCUCACGUCUGUGCCCGCUUGGAGGGUGGGGGUCUGGGCCGAAAGGGGAGGGGUGCCUGGCGGGUACUUUUCUAUCUUUUAUUUCCAGAUUUUUUUUGUAUCUAAACUUGCAGAUUUGUAUUAUACAAGGACAGCCAAUAAAGGAAGAAUAUAAUGGUGA